UAUAAGAUGCUCGCUCUAUCUCUUCAUCUGCCGUACGCUCUAGAACACGCACUUAUCUUCCCACUUCCCCUGGUUUCUCGGAAGCUUGCCGGCAAGAAGAAGCCACUGCCGGCGACACCAUUAGAGCCGGUGAAAGCGCCAUUUCUCAAUUCAAUGGCAAGAGCUCUCUGUUCCUCUUCAUUACUGUCAACUCCCAUUCUGUCGUCCACAGUACACGCUAAGCCUAAGCUCCGAAUUUCAAGUUUUGCAUGCUCUUCUCCCUCUUGUCCUUCUUCUUCUUAUCCAUUCUUGAAGAUUCCGAGGGGUUGUGGCAAUGGCACUCUGCCGACGUACGCUUGCUCGACCUCGCCUUUCAUAGGAAGAGUUGGUUUGCCCAGAAGGAAAGGGAAUGUUUCCUUGCUUUAUUUUGGGAUUGAUUCGAGUGCCGUAGUUGACGUGGGUAAAAGGGAUUGGUCCCAGGUUUUGUCAUCGAUGCUUCCGUUUGUUGUUCUUGCCACUGCAAUUGCUGCUUUAGCUCAACCUUCCACUUUUACUUGGGUAUCUAAAGAGUUAUAUGCCCCUGCUCUUGGUGGGAUUAUGUUGUCUAUUGGAAUAAAACUUUCCAUUGAUGAUUUUGCUCUUGCAUUUAAAAGACCUUUACCACUUUCCAUUGGGUUCAUUGCACAGUAUGUGCUAAAACCUGCUCUUGGUGUCUUGAUCGCAAAGGCGUUUGGCAUGCCAAGGGUGUUUUAUGCUGGAUUUGUCCUCACAGCUUGUGUUUCGGGGGCUCAGCUAUCCAGCUAUGCAAGCUUUCUAAGCAAAGGGGAUGUUGCACUUAGCAUUCUCCUGACAAGCUGUACCACAAUUGCUUCAGUUCUUUUAACACCUGUAUUAACAGGUCUUGUUAUUGGAUCCAUAGUUCCUGUUGAUGCCAUUGCCAUCUCAAAGUCAAUCCUACAGGUUGUUCUUGUUCCAGUUACUCUUGGACUUCUGCUCAAUACAUAUGCAAAGCCAGUUGUAUCUGUUCUUCAACCUGUGAUGCCCUUUGUUGCAAUGAUAUGUACUUCGAUGUGCAUUGGCAGCCCACUUGCUAUAAACCGGAGUCAGAUUCUGUCUGGCGAAGGUCUUCGGUUGGUUUUUCCUGUGCUGACAUUUCAUGCUGUUGCCUUCACUUUAGGAUAUUGGAUCUCAAACAUUCCAACAUUGAGGCAAGGUGAAAAAGUAAGCCGGACGAUUUCGCUAUGCACAGGAAUGCAGAGCUCCACACUUGCAGGUCUUCUUGCAACCCAGUUCUUGGGAAGUAGUCAGGCAGUUCCACCUGCAUGCUCUGUAGUAGCUAUGGCCAUAAUGGGUCUCUGUCUUGCCUCUUUCUGGGGAAAUGGCUUCAGAAUAAGAGACCUUCCAUCAUUACUUCCUCUGCAACCCAAUUCUACUUUGAAGGGUUAAGUUUUGUUACUUGCAGUUUAAGUCAGUCUGACAGCUCUCGUCUAAUUUAUAGCCACUCAUUAGAGAUGUUUAGGAAUGAUAGUGAUAUAGAAAGCUUUUGAAUUGUACAAAAGGUCAGUCAUAUAUGAACCUACUAGGAAAUAGGUUAAAAUGACAACAUAAUAUACACAUGAUCAGAGCUGAAAUUUCAUAGAAAUGGAUGUAUUUAUAUGUAGAGAAGGCCACCUUUUGUUAUUUAGCUGCUUGCACUGAUUUCUGUACAGACUCGAACCAUUUUAUUUAUUAAUACAUUACUAACAGAAUUUUGGACUCU